AUGGCUUCUCCUCGUUUAUUACGAUUCAAGAAGAUCCAUUACUUUUGGAUUCCAAUCAUAGCGCUAAUUGUGUGGUGGGGCAUGUUAAUAGCAAUGUUAUCGUGUUGGUCACUCCAGGGACAGCCUAUCUAUGCUUUUAUGGGAGGUGUUCAUCAGGAUCCGGUCUACAUUUCAGACGUAGGCGCUACCAAUCUCCAGCCAUUAUUCAUCUCGUGUGCUGGUUUUCAAGCAAUCUUCUUUGUUGGAACUCUUGUCAUGGAGUACUAUUUAAGAACACAUAGGAAGUUACAGCCCUAUGUUUCAAGAAGGCAACCUAAAUUUGCUAUUGCCAGUAUAAUAUGUGCUACAAUCGGACAACUUGGAAUCAUAUUUGUUUCGAUCUUUAAUACCAAUUCCUUUCAUCAGGUUCAUAUAUCAAUGGUGGGAAUAUUCAUUGCAUUUUGCUUCUUUGCUUGUGUUUUCAAUUUCGUUAAUUCAUUUUAUUUUGGUAAUUAUCCCCAAAAAUUAAGCCCUGAUCACGAAAAGGUUAUAUUUGGCAAGCAGAGAUGGGCUAAUCUAUAUAUGGUUUCAUUUUGGCUCAAAUGUUUUUGGUUAGCUGCGGCUUUUUCAUUUGCAAUUUGUUUUGGUACCUAUAUGAGAGACGGUGAAAACAGUAGGUCUGCCAUUUUCGAAUGGACAAUAUCGUUCUGGUAUGGCGUACUCUUAGUAAUGUGGGCAAUAGAUUUAUUUCCAAGUGCAGUAAAGCAUUAUAGAUCUCGGCACCCGGAGCUCUAUCCCAAUCAAGUAUAUGGCCUACAUGAUGAAAAGGUAGACCAAGGAACUAUAUCGGCAUAUGGGUCGCCUACUUAUGUUCCUGACUACAAUCAAUCUUUUGGGAGUCAGAAUCGACCAGUUCCAGUAAAUGACCUCGAAGCACAAACACUGGCAUCUUCCAGAACUCAACACAAUAAAGCUCCUUUCACCACAAACAAUCACCCUUCUGAUCAGAUAGACCCGAAGGCGGUUGAAAUUAAAAAUGACAGUUUUCAUGAGUCACCAGUAUCAGGAGGGAGUAAUUACGUGGAAGCUCACCCACAAUCUCAUCACAUUGUAGUAUAA